AUGAUAAAUAAAAACAUUACUCAUACAUCAUUACCAACAGUCGUUAAUAUCUCAAAGGAUGAUUCACAUAUAGAUGAAAUUGAUCGUUUUCCUAAUGAAUGUGGUUCAUCAAAUAUUUUAUCCGAUUUACCAAAUUCAUGUAAUCUUGAAGAAAGAGAUGAAAAUACAUUACCAUUUCCAGGUUUUGUUGAAAAAGCUUUUUAUUGGCUUCGACAAACAACACCACCACGUUAUCAAUGUUUAAAACUUAUAACAUGGCCAUGGUUUGAACGUAUAAGUAUAUUUGUUAUUUUGCUUAAUUGUAUUACACUUGGUACAUAUGAACCAUGUGUACAUCAUAAUGGUAUAGAGUCAUUGAACAACUGUGAUACAGCAUUGUGUAUUUGGCUACAAGCAACAGAUUAUUUUGUUUUAGCAUGUUUUACAAUUGAAAUGUGUAUUAAAAUGAUAGCGAUGGGAAUAUUUGGUAAAGGAGCUUAUCUUGCUGAUUUAUGGAAUCGACUUGAUUGUUUUAUUGUUCUUACCGGAUUAGUGGAAUUGUUGAUACCAGGUGAUAAAUUAAGUCUAUCAUCUAUUCGUAUAGUUCGAGUACUUCGUCCAUUAUGCGCCAUUAAUCAUAUACCAUCGAUGCGUAUUCUUGUUAUGCUUCUAUUUGAUGCAUUGUUUAUGCUUGGCAAUGUACUUCUUCUCUAUUUUAUUAUUCUCUUUAUCUUUGGUGUUAUUGGUGUACAAUUAUGGAAAGGAUUAUUACGUAAUCGUUGUUUUUUACAAUUGAAUACCACAAUUAUAGAUAAUUAUGCAUUAUUCGAUGAUUUCCGAUUCCAAUCUUUUUAUAUUCCUUCUGAUCAAGAUUCAUUUAUUUGUUCUGAUCCAUCAUCAAGGGGAAUGACAAAAUGUUCAGAAAUUCCACAAUUACGUCGAGAUAAUAUAACAUGUGAACUUGGUUUUCAUUCAUUGAAUACAUUAUUAACAAAUAAAACAAUAAAUGGAUGUAUUAAUUGGAAUCAAUAUUAUCAAUUAUGUGCUAUUUCUAAUCAAAAUCCAUUUUCUGGAUCAAUUAGUUUCGAUAAUAUUGUUUUAGCAUGGCUUGCUAUUUUUCAAAUAAUUACUUUUGAAGGUUGGGUUAAUAUAAUGUAUUAUGUACAGGAUGCACAUUCAUUUUGGGAUUGGAUUUAUUUUGUAUGUCUUAUUGUUAUUGGUUCAUUUUUUAUGAUGAAUCUUUGUCUUGUUGUUAUUUUUGCACAAUAUCGUGUAACAAAAAAACGUGAAACAGAACGAAUGUUAGCUGAACGAAAACGUUUUUCAUGUCCAACAACUACAAAAACAAGUGAUCAACAAGGUUCUUGUUGGGAAGAAAUAAUUAAAUAUUUUCAACAAUUAUCGAAACGUGCAUUUAAACGAUUCAAAUUAUUCAAGACAAAUUAUCAACAAAAACAUGAUAAAGUUAAUCGAAGACAUGAUCGAAAAGUAACAACCACAGAAAAGCUAUUAACACCAAAUGCAUUACCUUCAUCUAAUGCCCAUAUAGUUCCGUCAACAACACUAAUUAGUCAAAAACAUCUACCAAAUUGUCAAUAUCAUAAAUCCCAAUCAUUAUUAGUAUCAACGCCAUUAUUAAAAUGGAUUGACCAUGGCACUGGUACUUGUGAGAUUUGUCCAGAUGUAAUUGCUCCAACAUCAGCAAAUAAUAAUUCACUUAUUGAAAAAGAUCGACAAAAAAAUGAGAAUCUUGAUUUUGAACAACAAAUAGAAAGAAAUGAUAUAUGUAAUUGUUAUUAUCAAGAUGAAAUUGUUAAUACAUCCAACAAUAAUCAAGAAGAAGAAGAAGAGAAAUCAAAAUUUCGUCAAAGAUGUGAAAUAUGUUGUUGUUGUUGUUGUUGUUCAUGUUUUACAAUAAUACAAAAAUCAAUUUCACGUAUUGUUGCCAGUAAAUAUUUUGAUUACAUUAUUUUCUCAGUUAUUAUUAUAAAUACACUUUCAAUGGCUAUUGAAUAUCAUGGACAGCCACAAUUAUUAACAAAUAUAUUGGAAUAUAGCAAUUAUUUUUUUAUAAUACUAUUUACAAUUGAAAUGUUAUUUAAAAUAAUUGCUAAAGGUUGUUUAAAUUAUAUUAAAAUUCCAUUUAAUAUAUUUGAUGGUGGAAUAGUUUUAAUUAGUCUCACUGAAUUAUAUAAAACAAAAAAUAGUGGCUUAUCUGUUUUACGUACAUUUAGAUUAUUACGUAUAUUUAAACUUGUCCGAUUUAUGCCAAGAUUAAGACAAAAAUUGGUGAGUUAG